AUGUCGGUCGCCACAGAGUGGGCGUCCUUCAAGACGCCCGCCAAGAAGGAGAUCGCGCCAGUCCCCGAGGUCGGCACCAAGGCGCCCGUGAACGAGAACCUGAAGCUGCCCGCCGACAAGCCGACCAUCAUCGUGUUCCUACGGCACUGCGGGUGUCCCUUCGCCGAAAAGACCUUCAAAGACCUAACCACGCUCUCAAACCGUCACCCCGAGAUCCACUUCGUCGCCGUCUCCCACUCCUCCCCCGAAGCCACCGAAUACUGGGUCGUGACAGUGGGCGGCAACUGGGACGUCGAGGUAGUCAUCGACGAGCAGCGCGACCUGUAUUCCCAAUUCGGGCUCGGCGUGUCCACGACCUGGCACGUCAUGAACCCAGCCACCCUGGUGAAAGCGAUGCGCCUCGCGAAAGACGAGAACAUCUGGAACCGCCCCACGGGCCAGAGCGGCAGCCGCUGGCAGACGAGCGGCGCGUUUGCGGUGGAUGUGGGCGGCACGGUGCGCUGGCGCCAGGUCGCGCGCAGCGCGGACGAUGUGCCGGAUUUGGACGCGGCUGUGCAGAGUCUGGGCGUGACGCCGUUCCCGAAGCCGCCGCCUGAGGUGCGGACGGAGGGGUUUCUGUAG